AUGCACGAGUCAUCACAACCCGUGACUCGUGCUAAAAGCCUAAAACGACUACUUCCCUUCGUCUUUCUUCCCUUUGUAUCUUGGAAAAUGGUGGAUUAGAUGGACUGAUGGGGAUUACACCGUCACCAGUCUCCCCCAUUAUUUAAUCUAAUGUCCCUAUUUUCCUUUGUACAACCUCUCAUUAAAUCAUCAUUUUCCUACGCUUGUAGGCUGUAUAGUUCUCCUCUCUCUCUCUCUGUCUGAGAGAGCUUCUUCUUCUUCUUCCACCAACUCUCUCAUCCACAUUCUAUUCUUUUGUUAUCUGAAAACUAGGAUGGGAAUUGGGUUUCAAAAGUAUGGCCUGUUUUCUGCUGCUGUGCUGCUGAUUUCUGCUUGUUUCAACCAAGCUCGCCGGGAGUUGGGCGGGCUAGCGUCGAGCGGUUGCGACCUCUACCAAGGGAGUUGGGUGUUGGAUGAUUCCUUCCCUUUGUACGACACGGCAAGCUGUCCGUUCAUCGAUAGUGAGUUCAAUUGCCAGAAGUAUGGCCGGCCUGAUAAGCAGUACCUCAAAUACAGAUGGAAGCCCACCGGAUGCGACUUGCCCAGGUUCAACGCAGUGGAUUUCUUGAGGAGGUUCAAGGGGAAAAAGAUUAUGUUUGUGGGUGACUCACUAAGCCUCAACCAGUGGCAAUCACUAAUCUGCAUGCUUCAUGCUGCAGUUCCACAAGCAAACUACACCUUGGUGAACAGGCAGAUAUUUACAUUGCCGGACUAUGGAGUGUCGGUAAUACUCUCACGCAACGAAUACCUGGUUGACAUAGUUCCAGAAAAAAUAGGGCGAGUUCUAAAACUUGACUCCAUUGAAGGCGGCAAUGCAUGGAAGGGCGUCGACAUGUUGAUCUUCAACACUUGGCACUGGUGGAUCCACACAGGAAGCAAACAACCAUGGGACUACAUUGAAGAAGGAGGCAAUGUAUACAAAGACAUGGAUCGUUUGGUUGCUUUUGAGAAAGGAAUGACAACAUGGGCCAAUUGGGUCGACUCCAACAUUGAUCCAGCCUCAACAAAAGUUUUCUUUCAGGGCAUUUCUCCAACCCAUUACAUCGGCAGCGAAUGGAACCAAGCAAGGAUGAACUGCAAUGGGCAAACGCAGCCGGUAAGUGGGUCAACAUACCCCGAAGGUUCACCUGAAUCAGCAGCUGUAGUGAAGAAUGUGUUAAGUAAGAUGCUGAAACCAGUUGAUUUGCUUGAUAUCACGACGUUAUCGCAACUGAGGAAAGAUGGUCACCCCUCUGCUUACGGCCCUGAUGGGGCACAGGGAAUGGACUGUAGUCACUGGUGUCUAGCCGGUGUUCCUGAUACUUGGAAUGAGCUCCUUUAUGCAUCUCUUCUCCUGUGAGCUGUGAGAUGAUCAUUAUUUUCCUCUUAAUUCCAUUAUUAUAUAUAUAUGAAUCAUCAAGACUGUUGGAAUUAAUUAAUUGUGGUCUACCUGUUCGACGAAAUGAUCGUCUUUGCUGCU